CUCUCUGCCCAUUGGGCCUUCGGGACAGCAGAGGAGCAGUGUCCGGCCAUGGCCGGAGCCCGCAGGCUGGAGCUAGGCGAGGCCCUGGCGCUGGGGUCGGGCUGGCGUCAUGCGUGCCACGCUCUCCUCUACGCGCCGGACCCUGGGAUGCUCUUCGGCCGCAUCCCGCUGCGCUACGCCAUACUGAUGCAGAUGCGCUUCGAUGGACGCCUGGGCUUCCCCGGCGGAUUCGUGGACACGCAGGACAGAAGCCUAGAGGACGGGCUGAACCGCGAGCUGCGCGAGGAGCUGGGCGAAGCGGCUGCCGCUUUCCGCGUGGAGCGCACUGACUACCGCAGCUCCCACGUCGGGUCAGGGCCACGCGUUGUGGCCCACUUCUAUGCCAAGCGUCUGACGCUCGAGGAGCUGUUGGCUGUGGAGGCCGGCGCAACACGCGCCAAGGACCACGGGCUGGAGGUGCUGGGCCUGGUGCGAGUGCCCCUGUAUACCCUGCGGGAUGGUGUAGGAGGCCUGCCUACCUUCCUGGAGAAUUCCUUUAUUGGCUCUGCGCGGGAGCAGUUACUUGAAGCUCUCCAGGACUUGGGACUGCUGCAGUCUGGCUCUAUUUCAGGCCUUAAGAUUCCAGCUCAUCACUAGAGGCAGCCCUCCAUGGGCCCAUGAAAACUGAGAUGAGGACCUUGGUACUAGGGAGGGAGGGAAGGACGUGGGAGUGUUUUCUUAUUGGAUCUGAGAGAUGAUACAUGAUACCAGAUGAAAAGAAGGAGAAGUGUGUACCAUAUGUUUUGAGCAGAGGACCCUCCAACUUAUGGCAUCAGGGGCAAAAAGUCACAGCUCAUCCCAGGCACCCUGGCAGGUUCUCAGAGCCUGCCUCCUCCCUGUUUAUACGGCGUGCAGCCUGGUAACCCCCAGGCAUGCAAAUAUACAAUCUGUAACAACACACAGCCUGACACCUUCCCCUGGUCAUGUCCAGUUUAACCUUGAAGUGGCAUUUGUCACCCUAGCCUGGUCCCUGAUUGCAAGGAGCUUCUGAAGCAAGGGUGAAUCCUUCCCACACUCCUCCAUGGCUGCCCUCCAGGGUCUAGCCCAGCCUAUUUGUUAGGGAGGAUAGAGAAACAGAGCGCCCCCUGUGCUUCCUGAAAAUAGACUUGCUCUUGUCUUGAGUGGUGACCAAAGCAGUUGGCUCUUAAAAGGUGGGAGAGCAGCCCAACCAAUCCCCAAUCCUUUUCUUCUGAAACUGAGCAGGAAGGGUAAGGAAGUGGCUAGGUCUCCUUGGACUGAGCUUGGACAUGAGACCUGUGAGGACUGGUGUCUCUCCUCUAGAGCUUUCAUCUUUGGGAUGCCUGAGACUCCGAGACUAUCAGAAGGGAGUUGACCCACCCCAGUCUAGCACCACCCUGCCUUCACUUCAUCUACAUAAAGGUGGUAUAAAAACAUAGACUGGAGGAGGUAAUCCAUGGAGAGAGAAAAAGAAGAGGGCUCAGGACAAGGCCCUGAGGAAGCCCAAUCCUAAAAGUUUGGGCAGAGGGAACCAGGCACGUUAAAGAAGACAGAAAGUGGACUAUGCAGAGUGCUUGUGAGGGUUUCACUAAAACAGAGGCAAAACUGUCCAUUGAAUUCAGUAACAUGAAGUGUUUGAUGACUAUGAUGGCAGCAGUUUCAGGAAGGGUGGUGUGGAAGGCAGGCUGUAUUGGUUGAGUGAAUGGAAAGUUGGGGAGUAGAACGUGUGAGAAGUUGGCCUUCAAGGGGCUCAGGUUAAUAAUAGAGAGCUAUGGAGUCAAGGCAUGUUUAAGAUGGGAGGUAUAGCAUGCCAAUAUUGAUGGCAACAGUCAAGAUGGUGUGAUGAGAGAGAUGGGAGGGGCACGAAGAGGAGGACCCCUGAAGGAGCAGAGUCCAUGAGAAAGGAGGAGGGAUGGGACCUUUGUAGGAAGAGACACAGUCCUGCAGCCUCAUAGGGCUCAAUAAAACAGAAAGGGGCAAGUAUAGAAGAUUAGGAUGACUAAAUUAAUGGGGAAAUGAUGAAGGAGUUUGAAUCUCUUCUUUGUGAAAUGAAGUGAGACUAUCAGCUAGAUGUGGGUGGACUGUGUUCUCAGAAGGUAUGAACUAGAUGUUUUCCUAGGUGUUGGAAAACAGGUUGAUUAAGGCAACAGCAGAAGGGCAGGGCAAGGCUGAGCUCUGAGAUGGUCAGUUUAGAGUAGGAUGCUGGGCACUCAGGUGUGUGUGUGUUGAGUGGGGCUCUGCACACACCUGUAUUCCCCUCAUCAGGAUUCAGGAGCUGGGAUAGGUACACUUAAUGCAGUGUUGGGGUUUUGCCAGGGAAGUAAAAGGAGUUGAGAGAAAGAUGGGUCAGUUCAGAAGACACACACAGGAGAAAUUGUAGUGAUGAAAUGUGCAGUCUAAGGUUUAAUCUGACCAAGAAACUGGAAUUGAAAACAGGAGGUGACUAGGGAGGGAUUAGGAAAUUAGAGGUCUUGACAAGAUAGAAACUCCAGCAUGGUGAGGGGUUGGGCAGGGAGGUAUAUUUGAGCCAGACAGGAGUGCUUUGGAAAUUGAGAGGUGGAGCAAUCUCAGGUAAAGGCAAAAUAGAGGGUAUGACCUGGGGUUGCUGGCCAGAGCCAGGGAGGAGCCUUAAGAAGUGAAAUCUAGGGUUGGCGAGGCUGGAGGGCAGGGUGAGCCUCCACAUGGGUGCUGAAGCAAGAAACCGACAGAUGUCGAGGAGAAUGGUGUGACCUAGGAGUCAGCAUCCUUGGUGAACAAGAGGAGUGGCCACAAGGCCAGUGGCACCUGCCAGAGGGGAAAGCAGGCAUGACAGGAUAGCAUCUCCCAGGUGAGAGCCUUUUGAGGAAGGGAGGGUGGGCAGUGGUCUGGAAGCUUGAUGCAGAGCAGUGUGGUUCCCACUGGCAGCCCUUGGUCUUAGAAGAAUGGGAGUACCCAGUGGGGGAGCAGCUGUACAAUGAGGUAGACUCCUAGAGGUUAAUUAUCAUCUCCUAAUCUUACCCUGACCCUUUUGUCAAACGUUAUCUAGAUUAAACCUCAGUAUAGGCAGGCUGCAGGAAAUGGACAUUCCAGUGGCCCCUGGGGUUCCAGCCUGUAGCAGCUUCAUCUGUGCUUUGUGCACUUGGUUCUCAGUCAUCUCUGCAAGGGACCCUGACGCCUGGGAGAUCAGAGCCACUGACCCUUUAUGGCACUGCUAACAGACCCCUUCCCUCAGGUAAUUCUGGAUCCAGAACUCAUUAUGGGAUGUAAUCCAGGUCAACAUUAAUACCACUUGGAAGGUUCCGCUCUGUCUCACUCUGCUUGAGUAUCCCACUGAUCAGUCUCUCAGUGCCUGCCUACUGGGCAGCUCAUCUGUCCACUUAUUUGUAUUAAAUUUGCUUUUUAUUUAGGUCUCUGGAGAUGGUUGCGUGGGCAAGAGCCCAUGACUUUCCUGUAUGAUCCCUUGAACAUACUCUCCAAGUCAGCAGAUUACCUCUCAGGCAGCCUUCAUAAAAGUGUUUCACUGUACUGGGGUUUGUGUUCAUCUCACUCACAUAGACAGUCUCUGGGUAGGCAGGUGGGGGGUGAUACAAGUUCACACUCUGUGUUUCUCCUCCUGUUAGCCAUUCCCACCCUGCUGAUGUUUAAGGAAAGCCAGGGAUGAUGACCCACUUAAGCUUUCCUUGGCCUUGUUAAGUCCAAUCAUCUGGGGCGGGAAGAAGAGAAAUGCUCAUUGCAAUCUUUGACCCCCACUAACUGCUGUGGUGACUUUGACCCAAGCCCUUGACCUCCUUUUCCUUAUCUGAAAUGUUGCUGUGAUUCCUGUGGUGAGAUCAGAUGAGGCAGCACUUGGGAUAAGCUUGCAGAGAUGCAUUGAGCGGUAUGAAAGUACAGGAUGCUAUGUACUUUCCUGCUUCACAGCAUAUUUUAUUUCUUGCAAGGUGAGUGGCCCAGCCGCCUCUCCACAAACACGUAUUUCUGCCUUUCUCAGCAUAAUCAGCAAGAUGUUCCCACUUCUCAGCAUUGCACUUUUCUGCUGGUGCAGAAUAAAAACACUUUGAGCCCCA